AUUACUAAGACUAAUGUCACGAUAAUCAAUGUCAAAUUGAUAUAAGCGCAUUUGCACUCUGCAGUUCUUACUCGGCUGUCUACUUGCCGUGCAUUCCAAUCCCAAUGCUAUAGUUAACUGCAUCAAAAUAGUUAUAGAAAUGGUUAGGGGUGGCGUGGCCACAGUAGGGCCCUCGAGCCUUGCCCUCGCUGCCUCCGCGCUGCUGGGCACCUUGCCGCAGCAGACCGCGUCACACAGCGGCGCAUCCCUUUGGGUGUUUGGAUCACGGCAUCUAGCUGCGCCAGCUGCGGCAGGUGGAGCCUCGAAUCAGGAUCGGACACAACCAUCUGCGAAACCAAGUGCAGCGGAACCGGAGCUCAAGCUGAACUUUUCGCUGCGGCCAUCCGUGCUGUCGCCGUUAUUCCCCGCAUGGGAGCAGACGCGGCAGAUAAACCAGCGCCGUGAGCACCUGAUGGCGCUGCUGGACGCGCACCAGCAGCUCGCAGAAGGGCUGCGCAUCACGAAGGACGGUGUUGCCGCGUCCACGGACGGCGCUGACGCGGGCACCACCUCCUCCUUCGCCGCUGGCGGCGUCAGAGCUGGCGUGACCCGCUCCGCCCGGCGCCGUGCGCGCAACCUGCAGCAGGUGGCGUCGCAGCUGCGGGCUUUGCUGGACGCAACCCCGGGCCACCCCCGCGGCGUCACCGGCCUGCCCACCGCCUGCCCCAGCCCCGCCCACGCCGUGGCCUACUGCGGCGCGCUGGAAGCCGCGCUCGCCAGCCCCGACGCAGCGUCGACCGGGGCACGCGACUUUGGCGCCGUGGCUCGCGGCGACGUGUCGCCCUGGACCCACUACGCCAAGCACUUUGCGGGCCGCUACGCCGGCGCGCCGCAGCUGCAGCCCCUGGAGGUCAUCUACUCGCGGCCGGACCCGGCAGAGGUGGUGCGCCAGUUGCGGCGCGCGGCACGCGAGCAGGAGGCUCUGGGCAUCAGCAGCAGCGGCGGUGGCAGCGGCGAGGCGGGCUCGGGCCUGGCCUUCCCCGCCACGUCCACUUCGCCGGAGCCCGCGGGGCCGCACAUUGACCUGACCGGCGUCACGCACGCGCGCGGCAAGCGCAAGGCCAGCGCCGCCAGUGUGCAGCUGGUGCCCGCUGGCGGCGCCGGCAUCACCGUCAACGGUGUGCCGCUGUCGUCGUACUUCCGUGACCCCGCGUGCCGGGAAAAGGUGCUGGCGCCGCUGGCGCUGGCGGGCGCGGAGACGGCAUACGACGUGGCGGCGCGGGUGAAGGGCGGUGGCAUGAUGGGCCAGGCGCAGGCCAUCGCCACGGCGCUUGCGCGCGCUCUGUGCGUGCAGCAGCCGUCGCUGGGGGCAACUGCGGGUGAUGGCGGCAACGGCGAGGGGCCGCUGGCGGCUAUGACGCGGUGGGACGGCCGCGUGGUGGAGAGGCAGAAGCCGGGGCAGGCGGGCUCACGCCGUGGCUUCCAGUGGGUCAAGCGCUAGUGGCGUUGUUGGUUUGCUGGCUGGUGGGGCUGGUGCGUGGUGUGGGAUGGCGCGUUAGGCACGUAGGUUGGCAGUGUGGCGGGCUCGCCGGGAGUGUACGUGGCGCUGGCGCAUGGAGAUGCGUUGUUGGGGCGUAUUUAAUGCAUCGCACUAGUGGCAUGUAUGUGACGGGCAGAUACUUGUUCGGUUCGGGUAGGCGCAUGCCCGCGUCAUGCCGGGUGGCUGUGUGAAGCGGCUGCGUGCGGUCCAGGCGGAACAUGGGAACAUUGACGUGUGCAGACACUUGGCGAGGCUCGGUGUGCACUACGAGUUACCACCUGCCUUGGCUUCAGGAUUCGUCACAACCUGACAUGUUAUGAGAUGUUACAAACGGAAUGAAGAAGCGAUUUGCCAGGUCUAUUACCGGCAGGGUUGAUUACCGGUAAACAGCCAUCAGCAUCUUGGCCGUAGACACGGCGCGCUCAUGCGAUAACAAUCUACGUGCGUAAUCCUUGUGCGGCUAGCUGUUAGGCCAACUACCCUUCCCCAUAUUAUUUCGCCACCCAACUGGUCAGCAAGGGCGAAAUCACCGAAAUGUUCCUACCAACACCCGCUAUCACCGUCCAACCACCACCAGCCUUCCGUGCAGCGCUAGUGCCGCGGCGUUUCCCUCAAAACGAUACUGUACAACCUCCUGGGGGUCACAUGGAAGACGGUACAUGGCGCAUUGCUCCCGGAGCCACUACGCUACGAAUUAAUGGGGGGCCCCAGCAGCGACAUUGAAUGGGUCGCAGACCGCAGACCGCCUCGCAGUUCCACAGCGGCGCCCAUGCCCCAUACGAGCGAUUCAUGGUGUUUGCGGCGUCCGUGCCCACCUAAUACGGUACAGGUACACCGCACCGGCAGGGUGCCCCGCUAUCCACAGCUGGCUGCAAUAGCUUAUGGAGCCCAUA